AUGUCUGGCGCAAACACUGAAAUCAACAAGGAGCUCGUCGAUUGGGCAUACAAGAACCUUCUGAACAUUCCUCGUGGAGAGGAGUACGAGAAGAUGAUUCUGGGCGUCCACUAUGACUGUUUCAACAAGGAGUUGUGGUUGGCCAGAAACCUCUCCACGGAAGUGGCCUUGGACUACUCCAACAUCAGAAUGAAGGACCACGACUACGACUUUGAAAAGUACUACAACGCAAGAAACGCCUACUUGAAGAAGCUCUUUGGUAAGAUUGAGGAUGAUCUUGUCAUUGAGGCUCCGUUCUAUGUUGAUUACGGGUGCAACACCAAGUUUGGUAAGGCCAACUACUUCAACUUCAACCUUACCUUGUUGGAUUGUACUCUUAUUACGUUUGGCGAUAACGUGAUGGCUGGACCUAACGUGACAUUCACCACGGCCACUCACCCCACUGAUCCUACUAGUAGAUUGAAGGGCGAGGAGAUGGCAUUCCCUAUUUCUGUGGGUAACAACGUGUGGUUUGGCAGUAACAUUGUGGUUUUACCUGGCGUCAACAUUGGCGACGGUUGUGUUGUUGGUGCUGGCAGUGUGGUGACCAAGGACGUCCCAGCAUACAGUGUUGUUGUGGGCAACCCAGCUAGAGUUUUGAAGAAGUUGACUCCUGAGGAUAACAUCGAGGAGAUCAAGUCGAACUUGAAGUUCUGA